AUGAGGCUCGCCCCGUCGCUCCUUCUCUAUGUCUCCCUCCUCCUGGAUUGCCUGCCCGCUGCGGAUGCGGUGAGAAUGCCGAUCGCUGGGCGCCGCGUACCCCGGAUACAGGAUGAGCUCGAGCGAAUGGACCCGGGCCUCGGCCGGAGGGCGAGCAUGAGCGGGGACUUACAGGAUCAGGGUGAUGUUAGGUAUUACACGAAUGUCUCUCUGGGAGGACAACAGUUCUCAGUCCUUGUUGACACGGGGAGUUCUGACCUGUGGGUGGCUGGAAACGUACCGGGUGCAAAGGGCACCGGAAAGACGCUCUUUUGCAGGUCUAUCAUGACAGCAAAUAUGCAGUUCGAUGGAACAGUCGUCGGCGUCGAUAGUGACCACCCGGUGAACUCUGGCGUGAUAGGUCUCGGACCCAACAGCGCGUCGAACAUCUACGAGCAGUUCAACAACGACGCAGGCGACACGCCUCUCAACCGGAUAUUCGAGCAGAACACGAGCACGCCCAACUUCCUCUCCGUACUGCUGGCCGUUCGGACGACACCGACACCCAACAUCACAUCGCAGCCCAAGCUGCCGAUUCUGGAGGACGAGGACUCUGGUGCGCGGCACUGGCAGACGCUGCUGGACAAGGACGGUAUCAUUGGGCCGGAUGGUGAGGUCAUAUCGGUGCAGAGCGUGGUGCAAGGGUUGCAGCAGCUGGUGGUCGUAUUCGAUACGGGGUUCUCACUGCCUCAAGUGCCUACUGCUGUCUCGAACGCCAUAUAUUCGCGAGUACCAGGCGCGAACUACACGAACGUCCCGGCCGCAUCGGGCAAGGUGUGGACCCUGCCUUGCGACGUCGAACUGAACGUGACGUUCAAGUUCGGGGGUAUCUCCUAUCCUGUCAGCCCGCUUGACACGAACCUCGGCGCGCUGAACGUCAAGGGCAGUGAUGGCAACGAGGUGUGCGUGGGCGCGUUCCAGCCUAUCACUACCGCAAUGUCCUCCACGUUCGACAUGAUCCUUGGAAUGGCCUUCUACUUGACGUGUCGACAUGCUAUAGUGCGGAACGCCUAUCUGCUGGUGGACCUUGGUGAUUAUGUUCACGGUUCGGCGGCAUCGACGACGGACCCAUACAUGCAGCUGCUUUCUAUCACCGACCCUGCGGAAGCGCACAAGAACUUCGUCGACGCGCGCCUCGGUGGUGUCGACAACACGUCGGCAUUCCACCUGCUGCCUGCCAUGAACACCACCAACUGGGCGACCUCUUCGAGCGAGUCCACGUCGCAGAAAAUCAAACCCUACCUGCCGUACAUCAUCGCUGGCAGUGCGGCCGUCGCCAUCCUGCUGAUCGUUGCUGCAGGCGCAUGUUUCGGCAGCCGCAAGCGCACACGAUACCAGCGUUUGCACGAGCCUGCACCCGUUGGCUUGCCCGUGUACGACCAACCCUUCCCCCGCUAUCAGCGACCACACCGUCGCUACUGA